CGGUGGCUUACCCGGGCUCGUUCCGGCCUGUUUCCCCCUGUUGAGGUCGCCGCAUGCUGCUGCCUGGCACGGCGCUGCUUCGCCGGCCUCUCCACCGCAUCCGUGCUUUGGGCCGCCUGCACGCCCGCGCCCUCAUGGACCUCAGGGAGCUCGUUUCUGCCCUGAAUGACUUCGCGCCCCUCUCUCUGGCGGAAAGCUGGGACAAUGUGGGGUUGCUGGUGGAACCGAGUCCUCCCCACACUGUGAACACCCUUUUCCUCACUAACGAUCUCACCGAGGAGGUGAUGGAAGAGGCGAUGCAAAAGAAGGCAGACCUUAUUCUAUCUUACCACCCACCUAUAUUCGCGCCGCUCAAGCGAGUAACGUGGAAGACCUGGAAGGAACGGCUGGUGGUCCGAGCCCUGGAGCACAGAAUUGGGAUUUACUCUCCACACACAGCCUACGAUGCCAUACCUCACGGAGUUAAUAACUGGCUAACAAAGGGACUCGGUGCCUGUACUUCAGUCCCACUGCAUCCAUCAACUGCACCAAGCUGUCCAGCUGAGGGCACUCACCGGGUAGAAUUCUGCACAGACACUGAGCAUCUGGAAGUAGUGCUGUCCAAAAUCAAAGACAUCCAAGAGAUCUCUUGUCUCACUACUUUCCCAGCCAGGGUUGAAGGUGAGGAGCAAACACGAGUCACUUUGAACUGCUCUCAGAAAGCCCUGUUGGAGGUGGUGGCAUUAUUGUCCCAGAACAGCCUUCUUUAUCGCAAGACCGAGAUUCUCUUGCUACAAAAGCCUCUUCUUCCCCACACUGGAAUGGGACGUCUGUGCACGCUGAGCGAGCCAGUCUCCUUGUCAAACAUAAUUGAGCGGAUCAAAAGCCACCUAAAAUUACCUCACGUCCGUGUAGCUGUGGGAACGGGCAAGACACGAGAAUCGCUGGUGAAGAAAGCUGCUCUGUGUGCUGGUUCUGGGAGCAGUGUCCUGAAGGGAACAGAAGCUGACCUCUACCUCACAGGAGAGAUGUCUCACCACGACGUUCUGGAUGCAGUUGCCAAGGGGAUAAGUGUUAUUCUGUGCGAGCACAGUAACACUGAGCGAGGCUUCUUGUCAGAGCUGCGUGACGUGCUAGCGACCCACCUACAGAACAAGGUCAACAUCAUUGUGUCUGAGAAGGACAGAGAUCCUCUCCAGGUGGCAUAGGGGAAAAAAACGUAAUAGAGAGAGAAUUCAGUCAAUCAUGGUAUCUUGCACAGACUCAUCCAGCUGCAAGCUUAGUGGAGGUGUUUUCAAGUGGUUCAGUGCAGAAUGAUUGUAUUGUACGGUCCCUCGAAGUUUGGGGUAUAUUUUGUCGUGUCAGAAAAAUAAAUACUUGUUUUGGGCUACCAAA